AUGUUGAUAAGAUUCAUAUUCUUAACAACCAUUAUAUCGUACACAUACUCAUAUAUAGCUACAUGUCCAUCAAGAUGUCAAUGUUAUGAAGAUUUAGAAGAUAGACAACGUUCAUUACAUCUUAUAUGUAAAUGGGAACAGGUGAACAGCACUAAUUUACAAACACUUGGCCGACCGGAACGUGUACGAACUUUGACGAUUCGAUGCCCACAUUCAGUUUCUGAAUUCAGCACACCUCCUCCGGGUAUUUUCCAUGGUCUACGGAAUUUGGAUAGGCUAGAGAUUGACCGAUGUCUUCUUCGCAAUUUACAUCCUGCUUUACUUUCGGGACUGCACAAACUCUACAGCCUCAUCAUCAAGAACUCGAAAUUGGAUGAUAUACCAAAAGACUUCUUCGGCUAUGUUCCAAAUCUGAUGACACUGGACUUAACGGGAAACAAUCUACGGAUAGAACCAUAUUCCUUACGGUCACUAAAGAAUCUCAUUCAUCUGGAUUUGAGUAACAAUAGCAUAACCUUCUUAGCUAACACAUUGAUCUCACUAACUAAACUCAAAGUUCUCAAUAUGGACCAUAAUAAACUUGCCAAUAUUGAUUUUCGAAGGCUUCCGGAAGAACUGACGGAUCUGUCAUUGCGACAUAACUCCAUAAAUACUAUACAUUACGUUCCCAAUAGUGCAAGACAUCUUAGACGAUUGGAUUUAGCUGGAAAUUUAUUGGAACAUAUCAGUUCAAGCGGAUCUGUUAAUGUUCUACCUGUAUCAUUACGAUCAGUAGACUUAUCACAUAACAGAAUUAAUUAUAUUCAAGAAGGUGUAGUGAACAAGAAUAGUAAAUUGAGUGUAUUAGAUUUGAAAAAUAAUUCAUUACAUGAGCUGAGAGAAUCAGCCGUCUCGGGAUCAGCAUCGAAUUCUAAGCUUCGUGUCUUCUUAGCAGAUAAUCCGUUAAACUGCCAUUGUAACAUACGAUGGCUUCUACAUCUGAAUCAAGUUUCGUCGGUCGUUGUUUCUGAUUUGGAUCAGUUAAAAUGUAAUCACAUAAUUGAGGUUAAUCAGACGAUUGCCCUUUCUAUAGCAGACUCCACAAAUCAGUUGAUGUGCAAGUACACUGAAUAUUGCCCAAGUUCAUGUCGAUGCUGUCCAGAUGAGAAGUGUAAAUGUCGAUCAACUUGUCCAACUGGAUGCACAUGUUAUAGAUCAGCCAAUGCCGACAGUCCUAGAUUUUAUUUCGAAUGCAAGGGCACAAUGAAUAGAAGGAAAAUAUAA